AUGGACGAACCCACGCCUCAUGUCCAUAACUACAACGAGACAACGCCCGAGUCAAACCACGCGCCCUCUCAGCAGAUGAGCGCCCUUUUGUCCAACAACCGUGGAGCUAUCGGCUGCGAUAAAGAAUAUCCCUGCUCCCAAUGCCAACGCGCCGACAUCGACUGCAUCCCCGCCAUCAACAAGCCCAGAGAGAAACGCACACGGAUUCUACUCACUCCUCAAUAUGAGAAGAAAAUCGAUCUCAUCGACCAUCGGCUCGACAGCCUAGCCAAGUUGAUGGGGGAUCUCAAGACGCACAUUUCCACCACCGUCGCCGCCAACAGUGCCAACUCUGUCAACUAUGCCUCAACCCAAGCCACCGUGGCCCCGGCCGCCGCCUCUCCCUCAACUCACUCAGGCCAGCCAGAUUCGGCCGCCGGACCGGUCGUCGAGGGGAACUCUUCGCUGUCGGCCCAUUCUGUGUUUGUCAACGACUUCCUGCAGGGUUUCAUUGGGUCCCUCCAGAAGCCCGAUCCCGAGAUUCGCGAGACCUUGGAUGCCCUCUCGCACAUCGUCAGCCCCGCCAAGCAGCAAGCCAGCACAUACGAAAUGGUUCUGGCCCACGCUAGGCCGAGGACCCAUCUUCAGCAGGAGAAGUUUGAUCUGCCUCCCAUACAGAAAGCCGUUGCCCUCAUUCACAUAGCAAAAGCCCAGCGCCUCGCCGGCACCGGAUGGAUCUACGAAUUCAUCACCAUGCAGGCAUUUGGAGACCUAUGUCUCGAUACCUACUUUUCGGAAGACCGUUCGCCCUUCCACUUCAUCAGUGUCAAUGCCGGGCUUUACUCUCUAUGCCAGGAUUACGCCCAAACGGCAUCCGUCUCCCAACAAGAUAAGGAGGAACACCUAGCCUAUGCCCGUCUGUGCCGCGAGAACCUCGAAACGGGGCUGGCCUAUUUACCGCUGCAUAUACCGGCUUCUUCAGAUGCCAUCGCCGCACUUCUCUUUGGAGUGAGUGGUCCCCCGGAGUCAUGCAGGCAAUACCGCAACUGA